CUGUCCUUGCCGGGGAGAGCUGCUGCUGUUUUUAAGAAGGGCGGUUCUUUAAACCGAACUUCAUGAUAAGAAAGUGCUAAAGAGAUUGCUGUAGCAGAAAAGGGGAAGCCAGCCCUGAGAAGGGGAGACAAGCUGAAGGAGAACAAUCAAGAUGACAGAGAAGGAUACACAGCCACAGCUGGAGGAUGGGGACGAUGACCUGGACAGCAAGCUCAAUUACAAGCCACCCCCUCAGAAGUCCCUGAAGGAGCUGCAGGAGAUGGACAAGGACGACGAGAGUCUAACCAAGUACAAGAAAACACUGUUGGGAGAUGUUCCCGUGGUAGCAGACCCAACAGUUCCCAAUGUGACUGUUACCCGGCUUAGCCUCGUUUGUGACAGUGCACCAGGACCCAUCACCAUGGACCUUACUGGUGAUCUCCAGGCCCUCAAAAAGGAUGUAUUUGUACUAAAGGAAGGUAUUGAAUACAGGGUCAAAAUUAACUUCAAAGUGAAUAAAGACAUUGUGUCUGGCCUGAAGUAUGUUCAGCACACAUACCGGACUGGCAUGAAAGUGGAUAAAGCUACAUUCAUGGUUGGCAGCUACGGGCCUCGGCCUGAGGAGUACGAGUUCCUCACUCCAGUGGAAGAGGCUCCCAAGGGCAUGUUGGCCAGAGGCACUUACCACAACAAGUCCUUCUUCACUGAUGAUGACAAGCAGGACCACCUCACCUGGGAAUGGAACCUGGCCAUUAAGAAGGAUUGGACAGACUGAUGCGUCUGUCCAUCCCUCCUGCCACCUUCCCCACCAGAAGAACAUCACGAUCUCCGUCCGUCCUCCCCGUUCCUAUCCGGGUCCUUUCUCUAUCACACACACACACACACACACACACACACACACACACACAUGCACACACACACACUUCAUCACUGAUAUGUUUUAUUUUACCCCAUCUCUCAGAGUGUCCCCUGCAAAUGAGACUAAAGCCCAGCGUGUUCCCUCAGACUGUUCCCCCUGAGUGAGGCCAGACUUCUGAAGUUCUCCAUCUCACUUAAUGGCCUCCUCUCUUUUUCCAGUUUGAGUCCUAAAGGCCAAGAUUUGAGUCCUAAAGGCAAGCUACCGCUAAAGGCUCCUUGGCCUUCUGUUCAGAAGUUUAUUCUUGCCACUGGGUUCUUCUGAUUCGAUAAAUCCCAUUGUCUUCUCUGCCAAUGGGAGCUCUUCUUUUGUGGGAGACACUGUAAACAACACCAAAGGAAAAGAAUAAAAUCGUUGUGUGUGUGACUGAGAA